AUGUCUGAAGUGCUUUAUCCACAGGAAAGUGUCUACAAUCUCAUACCAAAGGAGAGGGUUCAAACUCAAAAACCUCAAAGGUAUAUGUCCAAGUUCAGGCCAUCAGUUGUUCUUGAGAAAAAGUUAACCAAGGAAGCGAUGAAGACAAUGGGACCACCAAAAGUUGAGGUACCCUCCCCGGAAAAAUACCUCAAGAAGCAUUCAAAAGAGCCCAAACUACCCGAAAGUGAGUUCUCCAACAGACUAUUUUAUCAAUAUGUUUGUAAAACCUGCUCUAUGAAGAAACCAGCCGUCCCUGCGAGGACAGACAACCCACCUAUGGGCAUUUAUACCAAGAGAGACUUUAUAAAGACGAGUACAGCGAUGCCAAUGAAACCACAGCCUACCUGUGUAGACACCAACAAAGGGCACAAGGAGCGCCUCGAAAAUUCAGGACUUGUCCCCAAGUACAUCAAGAAAAGGGAUUAUGGAGAAGUACCCGACUACCUGCUGCAGCGCAAUGCAGAAGAGCAAAGGGCUAAGGAGGAGUAUGACAGGUUUGUGAAAGAACAGACUGAUCAGGGAGCCAUGAAACACCUGUCUGAUGAGGAGCGACACGCCAUCCUGGAGCGCCUGAAGUCCAACUGGGAUAAGCUGCACCAUGAGUACCAGGGCCUCUCGCUGGUCACAGACACCCUGUCGAAGAAGGCGCACAAGGAGCGGCUUGAGGUGGCAAUGAAGCAGCUGGAGAAUGACAUCAACCUCUUUGAAAGAUUCAAGACCGUCUACCUCAGCAAUAACUAG